AACAAACGACACAAAAACGAACAGUGCUAAUUAGUUGUUGCAGAAAUUGCGGAAACGCAUUCAGAGAAAAAAAAUAAAAAUAAAUAAAAAAAUUCUUAUAAAAUAAAAUCCAACAAUUUUUCAACUUGAAUUUAUUUACAAAAAUAAUAAUUCUCAAUAUAUAUUAAAUAUCCAAAAUCAAUUUGAAUUGAAACAACUCGAAAUAAGUCCGCAAAAACUGCAAUGAUAUUGAAAUUUGCUAUCGCACAACUUUUCACCAUCAAAUUCAAUUCCAAAAAAAUUCGAGCUAUCAAAAUAGUCCACAACUAAAAAUCGAGAUAGAGGAGACAAAUAUAAAGAAAAAAAGACCCCACGCGUUGUUUGGAGAAGCCCACAAUCAUCAUCGUCAUCAUGCUGUUGCUAACUCUUUUAUGCCUUUUGCAUACUGCACUUAUCGAUUGUCAACUGGAUGUGGCCGAUAAUAGUUAUCAGCGUAAUCAGAACAUUUAUGUGGAAACCAUUCCAUUGAGUUCCUCCUCCUCCUCGACAGAUGGUGCUUCAACAGCAUCCAUCAUAGAUGCCCCCACAGACAUUGCCUCCGAAUUGUAUCGCAGUUUGUCAUUUCAGCCGCCAAGCCUUGACUUUGGUGCUUGGUCGAUUGGCACUGCCCAAUCACAUGUGGUCACUUUAGUCAAUAAGAAUGAAAAUAGUAGUGUUUACUUGAGUUCUGUGUCGGGCAAGACAGCCGACUUUUAUAGUUCGUUUUUCCAGGACAAAGUUGUGCCGCCGCAAGGGAAUACAACAUUUAAUGUUGUGUUUUUGCCGCGAUCACAUGGCGCCGUGGAAACGAAUUUAUUAAUACACACAUCCUUUGGCCAGGCGAGGCUGUUGGUUAAAGGAGAGGGGAGGGAAUGUCCCUAUCGACUGAAGCCGUUGGUGGGCAUACGUGCCCCACUCAAUUCAACGUUAUCGCCUGAGAUACACAUGUAUAAUCCACAUACGAAGCCACUGCAGAUUGUGGAGGUUUACAGCAGUGGAGGUCAAUUCCAACUCGAAUUACCAAGUGGCGGCCAAGAAGGACCACAAGACCUCUGGGAAAUUCCACCUCACUCAACAAAACCUAUUAUCCGCAUACGUUUUAAUGGCAUCAAUCCAGGCAAUCACACUGCCUACAUACGCAUCAAAAUUUCCGGCAGUGACGACGAUAGUCUGGGUACUGACAAUAUUUUGGUAAUUCCUGUGGAAUUCGAAAUAUUAACCACCUACGGAUUAUUCUCACCCACACCGGUCUUCGAUUUUGGUCGACUUACCACUCAAGAUGACAUGCGAACAUUUAAAGUAGAAUUAAAAAAUUCAGGCAAAAGUAAAGUCAAUAUAAUUGACUAUGAGCUACGAAACAUUGAAUUCCCAAUUCGAAUGAAUCGAAAUGUCUCACAGUUAUCUCUUGAUCCCAGCACAUUUACAACUAGCACAAUCAUAAAUGGCGAACUGGUUGUAAAAUCCGCCUUGGAAACAAAUCCCAAAGAAAUUUUUGAACUUGUACUCUAUGUCAGAGCUGAGGUCUUUAAUGGUGCUCUUGAAUUCAGCAAAAACAUAACCCGCUUCAUAACGAAGUCACAAAACUUCUCAUCACCACAAAGAAACUUUUGGGUUGUAAAUACAUUUUCAUUACCUGUCGCCGUACUAAAUGUCACCACCAGCGGCGAAGCUAACGUAUCGACAGCCUUCAAAUUAUCGAGCUUUGUCCCAAUUGUCCUUCAACCAGGACAAAAUCAUUCAAUAUUCGAAAUCACACUGCUAAAUGAAACAGCAAAUGUUCAAACAUUUCUACAAAUUCUUACCAAUGUGACGACCUACCAAGUUCCAGUGAUUGUGUGCACUGGUCUAUUGGAUUUUUAUACAAUUGACACGGAUGAUAUUAAUAUGAAGACAACAAAUUCGGUGCUAGAUUUGGGAACGGUUCCUUUUGGAGAGAUGUCUCAUUCAGGUUAUGUUGUUAUACAAAAUUCAAAUCCUAUACAAUUGGAAGUUGCCUCAUGGGAUUUUUCCAGCCCUCAGGGAGUAUAUUUUCAUUCGACUUUUUUGGGAUGUUUAAAAACAAAAAGAGAAGAGAAAAAAUUAAUAAGUGAAUCCAAAUUUGAGCUGUGCUUUAAGUUGGAUCAAAAUGAUGUGGCUGUCUAUGAGAUUGGUAUACAAUCUUAUCAAGCUAAAUCACUGUCGGGUAAUUUGAAAAUCUGGACUGAACAUGAACAGAUUGUUGUGACGGUAAAAUUUGAUACAAUAAUGGGACGUCUUGAGAUUGAUCAAAGCAAACUUCAUUUUAACGAUUGCUUUCCGGGUAAACGUUGUUCAGCUGAAAUAUCGUUCCAUUCAACAUUUAUCAAACCGAUGCGAGUUAAUUCGAUAGUAUUUAGUGAUUCUGGACUACAAUUCGAAGACAGCGAUAUCGAUGGAACCUGGAUUAUGCCAAAUACGGUAACGAAUGUUGGAAAAAUUUAUUUCGAUCCCAGAUCGCUAUGCCAAACGCGAUGUUACAUCCCCUUCAAUCAAACUCUCGCACCUCUAUUUACCUCUCUAGAAAGCCAUUUGAAUUUCGAUGAGACCGAAUUACGGCGGCGAACAGAAAUAUUUCGCCAUUUCAAGUAUUACUUGAAAACAAUCACCUUUACUGUCAACACCAGUGAAGUUCGCUUAUUCAAAUUUAACCUAACGGUUGAUAUAAUUUGGCCAAAGCUAGUCAGUGGCGUACAAACUUUUCCCACUGUCGAAAUCGGUCAGGUGUAUUCAACAACGAUUGUUCUAAACAAUCCAUCCGAUACACCGUUGCUUGUUGACUUUUUCAUAUCAAAUCCAACGGUUUCAAAGAAUACAAAACUUUCACUUCCCUUGGAAGUGGUUGAAAUAUGUCCGCAUUGUUACUUAACAGAUAAACAUGUUUUUACCUUGACUGGAGUUCAUAAGCCACGAGUUAUUCCACCCCGUUCAAGUCAUUCGGCAACAAUUGAAUUUAUGGCCAAGGAACCAGGAGUUUUUUCUACUAUUAUGCACAUUAGGAAUAAUUUGACAUUAUACGAGGCUGUUUGGGUGAGUGCCAAGGCUGUGAGAUCUCAAUUUAAAUUUGGCAACAAAAAACCAGGAUCCUUGGCUGCGUUAAGUUUUGAUGUUGGCGAAAAACACAUUACAACUUGCCUUAAAGAACCAACUCCAGAAAACCCAUCGAAUGUUGUCAGUGCAAGGAGGACCUUUGUGGCUCGAAAUACUGGUGAGGUGCCAAUUUUAGUAGAGACAUUCAUGAUCGAUGACCAAUUUUGCGAGGGUUACGGAUUCAAAGUCAUAGACUGUCAAGGAUUCGAACUUAAGUCAAAUUCUUCCAAGAAGAUUGAUAUCGCAUUCACGCCAGACUUUACACUGGCGCGAGUACUGAGGCCGUUGAUUAUAAAAACAAAUCUAUCCUACUUGGUUAAUUAUACUUUGAUGGCGUCUAUGACACCAGCGGUAUUGGAACAUUGUUCCAAGACAGUUCAACGUCCACCUUGGGAAUCUCGAAUUAAACAAAUUGCCAUAUUCAUGUUGGCAACUGCUUUUGUUUUUGUUUUGGUUGCUGGGCACUUGGAUUCUGAUAAAGUUUUGACCGAUCAUGUACAGAAUAUAUCUCGCGAUAAGGGUCCUCUGCAACCGACGCUAAAUCUGCGGAAUAUCGCCAUGCAAGCGAGUUCGUACGAUGAGGCAAGUGAUACAUCCCGAAAUAAUAGAGUGGGUGUCGGCAAAGGAAUCAACAGUGUGAUCAACUUUAGAAAACGUUCCAACAAGAAAGGUUUUCCUGUGAUGAAUAACAAUUUACCAGAUCGUUCGUGGGCACAAGAACUUGCAAAACUUGGUGUAAGACCGAAAGAAGUUGCUCCAAUUAGUACACCACCUAAGCAGCAAUCAGUGGCGGCGGCUCCCAGCCGGAUCUCGCCAACAGAUAAACUAAAGUCGAAAGGAUCUCCAAAAGAGUCAGAGAAGAGUUCAACAUCUGCGAUACCAGAGAGUCCCAGUGAGAAGGAAAAGUUUUCUCCGCCGAAGAUGAAUCCGAAAUCUGACUGCAGCAUGCAAGUGAGUCCAACAGACAUCAAAAAGAUACCCAAGCAAAGUGCAAAGAAACCCAAAGCUAACUCAAAUCAAACACAGAAUUCUCCGGAGGCGGCUGCAGCUUCCAGUGAAACUUCGCCUACUAAAGAAUUGUCUGAUUCAAAACCAACAGAUGAUCGGCCAUCGCAAGUGAGACGCACAAAGAGUCCAAAAACGGCAACAAACAAAACUGAUCCAUCAUCGGCGGAAAAAAAGGCUGAAGCUAUGGUUAAACUGCAAACGACUCCUGAGAUUCAAAAUAUCGAUAGUAGAUCCACGAAUGGAAGUUCUACGCCUGUUAGCAGCACUCACAGUGGAGGAAAGAAAUAUGGAAAAACUCCUGGACGCGAACGAAAGAAGGAACAAUCCAAUGGAAGUAGUCAGUCAAAGAGAUUCGAUCGAAAAGUAUCAAAGUUUAAGCCAAAUGCAUUCCACUUUUCUUCGCCAGUAGCAAAUAGUGGUAUUGCACCAAUGUCUUUAUGGGAUCCUAAUCAGCAAGCAAGUUUCUCUGAUGUUGUAGCUGCUGCAAAGUUGCCAACAAAUGAAAUAUCUACGUUGGAUUGUGAGGAACCUUUGAGUGAAUAUCUCCCCCUGGACAAUGGUACUGAAUGGAAUGAUGCAGAUUUAAGAAAUGAUGAGACUUUUGGCGAUAGUAUGAUAGCACCAACCGCACCAAUGGCAAAUAAUUCAAAUGGAAUUCAUAAGAUUUGCUCGAAUGAGUUGGGACCGAUUGGUACAAAGCGAUCACCUGCUUCAACACCAAACUGGGAACCAUUUACUGUUUUAAAGCCAACUGUUUGUAAUAAUUCGAGUUUCUUUUCGAAUGUUAUGCCAUCGUAUAUGUAUAGGGAUGCUAAUCAAUAUUUAGGAAGAAACCAUGCAAAUUAUGAUCAAGACUUUGCAGCCGGACACUUGCAUAAUCAAUGGAAUUCGAAUAGUGAAUAUUUUGCCUCGCAACCGCAGCAACUAACAGAAUCUCAUAAAAAUCCAACAGUCAAUUGGUCAAAUGGUAAUGGUGGAUCUUCGGGUGGACAGACUUGGGAUCCAAUGGGUUAUCAACAAGCAGCAAAUGCUGCUUCAUCAUGGCAACGAGUGACAACAAUUCGUCCUCCGCCAGGAUUGGAAUUCCCAAAGCGUGACAGUCCCAUUGUCAGCUUACAGGAACAAAUGUCUCCGACGGCUUUUGGACAGCAGCAACCACAACAACCAGAUUCAGAUCCACCAUUUAAUCCAAUAUUUAGUUCAUUGAGUAAUAUUUGGUCGGAUAAUUGGAACAAGAAUAAGAACAAUAAUAACAAUAAUUAAACACAAAAAAAUAAAAACCCACAAAUUUACUGACCCUGAAUACUAACUAACUUAUAUAACAUGCAGGAUACUCUUGUUCUCUCCACCUUACUGUUGCUACUGCUGCUGUGCUCUCGCAAUCCCUUAAUAAGUUUAACACGACCAUGAAUUGGAUUGUCUAGAUGCUCAAAAAUAUCAUUCGUAGAUUUAACUACCAUAAAAAAAAUUGUUAUCUUAAUCAUUGUGUCAUAUUAGUGGAAAGCAAAAUGAACAAAAAAAAUUUCAAAGAAAAAAAUACAAAAAAAAAACAAA